AUGACUACUAUUAAUUCAAAUAAAUAUACUAAUUUUCGUAUGGAUCGUCUUUUACGUGAUUCUCAAAAUGAAAAUAUUCUUCCACAACAACAACCACAAAAUAAUUUUUGGCCAUUUACUCAAAAUUUAUCUCCAAAUAAUAUAUUAACAACACCAACAGCAUUAAUUACUCCAUUAUCACCUAUACAACAACAACAACAAUAUCUACAUUCAUUUCAAUUUCCGUCUCCACCUUUUUAUAAUUUAUCUCCAAAUUUUUCAACAUUUUUUUCUUCGCCUCCAUCUUCUUCUUUAAAUACAAAUCCAUUUUUAACAGCAUUUUUAACAUCUUUAUUUCAAAAACAAUUUAUUCUUAAUCAAUUACAAAAACAACAAAUAACUUCAAUAUUUCAACAAAAUACACCUCCGUCAAUUAAUUCAACCCCCGGAACUAGUAAUAGUGAAAAUAGUUGGAGAACAAAUAACUCUUCAAAUAAUUUAACUUCAUUCAAAUAUCCAAAUAAUAAUUAUCCUACAACAACAAAAAUAUCAAAAAUUGUGGAAAAGGUAGCUGCUAAAGAAAAGAUAAUAUUAAAUAAAUCAUCUUGUAAAAGAAAAAAUGAAAAUAAAGAAUUAAAAGAAACACCAAAAAGGAGGAAAAUAAACAAUAUAUUAAUUAACAACAAUAAUAAUAAUAUACAAAAAGUACAGUGUAAUGUUUGUGGUAAAUCGUUUGGUAGGCCAUGGUUGUUGAAUGGACAUAAAAGAAUUCAUGGUUUGGCUGCACUUUAG